CAUUAAACACAUAAGAAAGCUGCAGAGGGCGGAUAAGAUACGGUUAAACUCAUUAAAAACAGCAUACCGGAGGUGUGUGCAACAAACUGCAACUGUUGCACACCCCCCGUGAGAUUUUUGCACAUCUUGAAUCAACUUGUCAGACAGUGUAGGUCCGUGAACGAGCGGUUCUCCCGGUGGGUGUCACACAGGUCUGAUGCUGCAGGCAGCUGCUGCUUCCUGUAUUGAGGCACCAGCAGUCGGAGUCGAAGCCCUUUUUCUCGCUCCGGGAGCCCCACACCCCGAGCCGCAACACGGAGGGAUUCGUUGUUCGGAUGCCGAGGGAAGCCUACCGAGUCGGUGUCCCGGUGUAGCUGCCGGUUAAAACCGCGGUGUCUUGUGAAAGCUGAGAAGCGAGGAGGGCUCGAGGAGACACAGGGCACGAUUUUUCCAAGAGCUGGCGCUAGCUAGUAGCAGCUAGGUGGCUAAUGGCUAGUAGCAGCAGGUAGACAGCACAGAAGAAGCAGUAGAGAAAUAGAAAUGUAUUUAAUCUGAGUUCAAUAAAUGAACCAGAAAAACUAUCUCACUUUAAAAGGGUACAUCGGCAUGGUACGUUUUACCAAAUUAGGUAACUGACAUGCUACCGAAAGUGUACUAACUUUGCUAACGUUAGCUAGCCAAGUUACUAGCCAUCCAGAGCUGAUCCUGUUGCUUUUUCAGGCAGACUUUCGAGCGAGGAAAAGGUUAGAUUAGCAGCUGCCCAGCUCACUGCAGGUUAGUGCUGUUUUCAGAAAGUGGUUUAGGGUAGUUAUUGAAAUGGCUCCCAAAAGAAGACCCGUUCCCCUGAACAUUACGCCUAUUGGGGAGGGACAGGCCACCUCCAACACCAUUGAUGCUGCAUCUGAAGCCAACCUUGAGGCCUUACAGAAGAAACUGGGCGAGCUGGACCUGGAUGAACAGCAGAGGAAACGACUGGAGGCCUUCCUCACCCAGAAAGCUCAGGUUGGGGAGCUGAAGGAUGAGGAUUUUGAACCCAUAUGUGAGUUGGGUGCCGGAAACGGAGGAGUGGUCAACAAGGUCCGCCACAAACCCUCGGGUUUGGUUAUGGCUCGAAAGUUGAUCCACCUGGAAAUCAAGCCUGCCAUCAGAAACCAGAUUAUCAGAGAGCUGCAGGUGCUGCAUGAAUGCAACUCCCCCUACAUUGUGGGCUUCUAUGGGGCCUUUUAUAGCGAUGGUGAGAUCAGCAUCUGUAUGGAGCACAUGGACGGCGGAUCCUUGGACCAGGUCCUUAAGGAAGCCAGAAGAAUCCCUGAAGAAAUCCUGGGAAAAGUCAGCAUAGCUGUGUUGAGGGGAUUAGCCUAUCUGCGGGAGAAGCACCAGAUCAUGCACAGAGACGUCAAGCCCUCCAACAUCCUGGUCAACUCUCGCGGGGAGAUCAAGCUGUGCGACUUUGGUGUGAGCGGCCAGCUCAUAGAUUCCAUGGCCAACUCCUUUGUUGGAACGCGCUCCUACAUGUCGCCGGAGAGACUGCAGGGCACUCACUACUCUGUUCAGUCUGACGUGUGGAGCAUGGGUCUGUCCCUGGUGGAGCUGGCGAUUGGCCGCUACCCCAUCCCCCCACCAGACGCCAAAGAGCUGGAGGCCAUCUUCGGACGGGCCGUCAUGGACGGGGCCGAGGGAGAGCCUCAUACCAACAUGCAGAGGCCCAGACCACCAGGCCGACCCGUGAGCGGACAUGGAAUGGACAGUAGACCUGCAAUGGCUAUCUUUGAACUUUUGGACUACAUUGUGAAUGAGCCUCCUCCAAAGCUUCCGCUUGGUGUCUUCACCAGUGACUUCCAGGACUUUGUGACGAAAUGUUUGAUCAAAAACCCGGCUGAGAGGGCCGACCUGAAGAUGCUGAUGAGUCACACGUUCAUCAAGCGAUCAGAAGUGGAGGAAGUGGACUUUGCCGGCUGGUUGUGCAAAACCAUGGGCCUGAACCAGCCCAGUACUCCCACCCGCGGCACUGAGUGACCCCCCCCCCCCCCACACACACACACACUGCCCUGACACACCUCUGGGUCUCUCUGCAUACUCAUAUACUGUACAUACACGUACACAAGCCAUCACACAUAUUGGCACUUUUUUUUUCCAUCUUGCUCUUGGGUAAAAACAGUUUUAGCUUUCUCCCUCCUCUUCUCCCCUCCCCCCGUUUAUUUCUUCACCAGCAGCAGGGCCCAUUGAGUCAUUGUACUGUAAGACCACAGCUUCACCAUGACAGUGUCAAGAGCAGCCACAGCUCACUUUUCCACACCGCUACAGAGGAUGUAAAGCACUGAAGGGCUGCCAGUGUGUCGGCUGAAUUUGCAUUGACAAACUUCUUUUGUAUUGUUGAAUAUUCUGUAUUAAUCUUUUCUAUGGCAACAGUUGAUGGCUUGUGGGACUGUAUUUUAAUAAAUAACCUGCUGUAGAGAUUUGAUGGGCUGAGGAUGACAUCUUAUCUACUUGCAAGCUCCGAUUUGGUUUUAUUGAAGGUGAAUGCAGCCGUUUUGAUUUUAAAAUAAUUCUGUCGGAGUUGUACACGCUACAGUGCUCUUUGCGGAGACCUUGCAAUUACCUCCAAUAUAAUAAUCGAAUUUGCAAGUAAAGUGCAGGACAAAAGGGCAAGUUAGGAGUCAUUUUCACUUUUUUGGCAAAUGAGCGAUCACCAAAGAGGGUACUCAUGACUACUAAAGUUUCUCAGUGGCUGAUUUUUUUUUUUUUGUAUGCACAUUCAUGACAGUAUAUCAGUGUCCUUCGAAUGUUCUCAUUUUGCAUUCAGUGAUCUACACGCUGAUUGUGUUGACAUUGUUUCCUCAACUUACAUUUCAGUUCACAUCCCACACUGUAUGUCUCACAUGGGAGGAGGCAUAUGAUGUGGAGGCCUGAUAUAUGCCAGAAUGUCUCUAUUGACAUUGAGAAAACAAUGAUCAAAAAUGUAUUCAUGGGAUGAUAUAGCAUGGUUUAUUAUCUUUCUAAAUACUGUAUGUGUAUUUUAUUUCCCAAGAUCAUGAUGGGGAUGAUUAGCUGGUGUUUUUAUCAAAAGCCUGAAUCUCUGCGAUGUCGAUAUGAAAUCUCAAUCACUGAUUUUGAUUUUACUUUUUUCUCUUUGUUGUUGGUCUGUAUUUUCCCCUGAAGUGUAUUUGGUUAUGUUUUCACCGUACUGCUAAGUGUGGCGCUCCAAGCUUCUUCUUUUUUUUUUGUCUUGGGACACAACCGACCUAGAGGCUCACUUUUGGGAAAAAGACUUGGGUUGGAAUACAGUUAAAACGCUUUUCCAAGCCGACUUCAAGUGGAACAGGCCUCUCGAGUAGUACAGAGGGUCUGAUUGAACGUUUUAACCCAAGUCAGUGUUGGUCACAUGGUGGUGGUGUUACUUGCUAGCCUGCCGUCUUGCUAGAGCUCUUGUAUUCUCUCUGCUUAUGGCUGCCCUUUCUUAUCCCCCGCCCCGAAAAUGUGCAUUCGUUAAGAGCAAAAUGGAUGCAUUGUCACUUGUAUGUGUACAAAGCUAUAUACAAAAAUUACAGGAGUACUAUUUUGCAGUCUUAAUAUACAAAUUUUUGAUUUAUGUAAAUGACAAGGAGAAGAGUCAUUUUAUUAUAAUAUAAAAAUGUGUUGGAUAUGGUUAUAAUGUAUAAAAAGAUUAAAAUAAAACUUAUUUGUGAAUGUA